AGUUGCAGAGCCAGUCCCAGAUCCCAGCUCAGUCCCCCGCCUUAGACACCCAGCCAGGUCCACCAUGAAGUCCACAGGGAGCGAACAGGGUGCCACGCCGGACGGUUUCCCUUCCGACCUGGACGAGCUGGAGAGUGGAAGCGAGGAGAGCUCCGACAACAAGUCGACGAGCGGUGGCUGUAGCCCCCAGGGAGAGUGCCGGGAGGGAGCCAGGCAGAGGGAGGGGGGGUACAGCAGCCGUCUGCCGGGCGUUAGCAAACAGAGACAGGCAGCCAACGCGCGGGAACGGGACAGGACCCACAGCGUGAACACGGCGUUCACCGCGCUGCGCACCCUCAUCCCCACAGAACCGGCAGACAGGAAACUGUCCAAGAUCGAGACGCUGCGCCUGGCGUCCAGCUACAUCUCCCACCUUGCCAACGUGCUGCUACUGGGGGACGAGUGUUUGGACGGGCAGCCCUGUCUCAGGUACCACAGCAUACUGCAGAGCAGCACCAACAUCAGUAGCAGCAGCCCCCCGCUCAGGCCCAUAUGCACUUUCUGUCUCAGUAACCAGAGGAAAACGCUCAGAGAUGGAGAAAAGCACACAGCCAUCUGACAUGGGUUCAACAAGGAUGUAUACCAAGUCACACGGAUGUUUACAUGUACCUACGAGUGGAAAAAAAGAUAUCACUUUGUACAUAUUUUUGCUGAAUCUUAGGACAA